AGUCGGUAUAGCAGACCGCUUUAAUUCAAAUGCGCCAAUCAGAAAACUUACGAACUCCUAACCUCAAUUUUAUUUGUUUUAAUACCUAUUCAUUGGUUUUAAUAUUUAAUUUUAUAGAUUUCAGAAAUGUUAGCUAAACAUGUUAUAAGUUGCGUUUGCAAAAAACCCUCAUUACAAACAAAUUUCUUCAAUAUCUUGCGGAAUUCGAGUAGCACAUCGCAACAACAAGAACCAGCAAGAGUAGAGAAAACGAUUAAUAACGUCCAAUUGCUCGGACGAGUAGGUGCAGAUCCCCAGAGAAAAGGAAGUGAUGAUCAUCCAGUUGUAGUGUUCUCAUUAGCAACCCAUUCAAAUUAUAGGUACGAAACUGGCGAGUUUUUACAGCGUACCGAGUGGCAUCGAGUUAUUUGUUUUAAACCCGGUCUACGUGAGACGAUAAUGAAUUUUAUGAAAAAAGGCCAACGAGUACACGUUAGUGGCAAGAUAACUUACGGCGAAGUGAAAGGGGACGAAGGACAAACUAGGACAACCACAUCGAUACAGGCAGAAGAUGUUAUAUUCUUUCAUUCAUAAAAUGUGUUUUCAAUGUACAUUUAAUAAGUAAAGUUUUACAAAUUAAA